AAGGGGCCUUGCUAAAUGUAGGUGCCCACUUUGUUCUGGUCAUAGCAAUUGGUCCCCAGUUGUUGAUCAGGGAAUGGUGUAUUAUUUUUUUGAAGGCAAAGAGGAGGCAAACCAGGUCAUAAAAAUGUUAAGAAUUUAUUAUAUUAAUUCUUUAUAAUUUUGGUGGUUUCAGUCUUGGGAAAUACUUGGUCUACAAACAUAUCUGAAGAUUAUGCAGGCAUUGUGAUAGAAUAUUUUGUGAUAAAACUGUUUAAAAAUCAGUUGUAAACUUGACUUGGAAUAAAUAGUAAACCAUAAUAUUAAACCACGUGUAUUUAAUUAGCUAAAUAAAUUCAUAGGCAAGAUUUAUUUCUCAUCCUUAGAGAAAGCGUCUUAGUGCUUGUUUCUGAGUUUGGUUUAAUUUUUUUUUUUUUAAUAUUAAUGGAUGGGCUGGCAUCAGGUGUUUAUGAAAACCCCUGCUUUACUUUUAUUACUCAAACUUACAGAAAAGACAAAAAAUAGCACUGAACCAACAAAACUCUUUUAGUCAACAUAAACUUAAUUUCUAUGACUGUCAAUUAACACUGGAUUUUUCUUUUUAAUGCUUCAGUUAUUAUACAGGAAUGCGGCUCCAAAAAGGAAUAUGAAGUAGUUGGACGUUUUCCAUUAGUUGACCCUUGGUGGAAAGUUAAUGUUAAAGCUAAAAAAAUGGGGUCAAAGUACUUUGUGCAAGGAUAUCCGUCAUAUUUUCUGCAGACUGAUGUAGAAGAAAACAACCGACAAGUAUUUUCACUCUUUCUUAAGGAAUGCAAUGUUCCUGAAAAUUGGAAAGAAAAAUUUUUUUCUUGGCUUCCUAUGGACUCUGUGCUGAGUUUCAGCAAUCUUGAAGAAAAACUAAAACAGUUCCAAGUUUCACAGCUGCAGCCAAGGAGCAUCCAAAGAGAUACCAAGGAUUAUGACAUCUUCCAUUAUGUUUCAAAAUCAUUUGCAGGAAAAGCAGUGUUGGGAGCUCUGGCUUUUCCCAGGAUACUGGAAUUCUUGCCAAUUCUUCUGCCACGUCACUUUUGCUGUCUGUUAGAUAAGAUGUGUUGGCAAAGAAAGGCUGAUACGGAUGGUGAGGAGGUAUCUGAUGAGAUGGUAACAAAAUUGGAUGAGAUACUAAAGGACGAGCCAUGGAAACUUGGAUUCAGCAGGAUUAUCUAUAAGGAGUUGAACCUUCCUCACUGUGAGGCAACGUGGGCUGCCUUCUGUCAGUGUGAACACCUCCUCUGGAAGAUUCCUGACUUGCAGAAGAAUGCAUUAAUUCUGUAUGAUCAGCUCAAGACACGCUGUAGACAAAUGGGACACACAUACGAAGAUCAAGAUGAAUUAGCUCGCUUUGUAUCUAAACACAUGUCCAUUGAACAUGUUUGGCAGUCUCUUGAAUUUUUGAAAGAUCAGGAUGUAGUUAUUAGAGAAAAAAAGCUGGUGUUUCUGCCUCAUCUUUACAAAUCUGAAAAAGAUAUCGCAAUGUACGUAGGUGACCUUCUGUCAAAUGAUACAUGGAAACUGGAUGUGGAUGUGAAAAAAAUACUUAGCAUUUCUGAGUCACCAAGAGAAACAGUAGAUAACAAAAUAAAUAUUACCCAGGCACAUGAAAUGGAGGAAAAUAUUCCAGACAAUCAUAAUGGUGAAAAUCACUUUCCUGAAAAGGAGGUGGGCUCUAUGUCUGGUAGCCAAAGUAAAGCGGAGGUAGACAAAGAUCAGAUGAUUGCUGUAAAAAAAAUUUGUUCUAAUCCUGUCACAAUCAUCAGUGGAAAAGGAGGCUGUGGGAAGAGUACAAUAGUUAGCUGCCUUUUUCAUCAUUUAAAGCAGAUGGAAGUAGAAGUGGAAGCUGCUUCUAAGGACUUUGAAAAAGACUUGGAUGCAUCUGAGGAAUGGAAUACAUUUGAACAACACUGGAAAUCAGAGAAUAUGUAUGCAAAAAAAUUUUUGAAUGUACUAUUCACUGCACCUACAGGGAGGGCAACAAGUCUUUUGAGAGAAAAAACGCAGCUUCCUUCAUAUACUUUGCAUCAGAUUAUCUAUAGUUUUAAAUCGUGGAGGCGGAGUGAGCAAGCACAGCCAUGGAAGUUUUCUGCAGUUACAGUUCUCAUUGUGGAUGAAGGAAGUUUGGUGUCUGUACACAUUCUUAGUUUAGUUUUAAAACUCUUGUGUGAGCAUGCUCAGCUUGCUAAACUUAUUAUUCUAGGUGAUACUAGACAGCUACCAAGCAUAGACCCAGGAAACAUGUUAGCUGAUAUCUUUGAGGGUCUAAAAUCAAGAGGCUUUUCUGUGGAACUGCGGACUAACCAUAGAGCUGAAUCACAACUAAUUGUAGAUAAUGCGUCAAGAGACCAUAAGAACCGACUUCUCUUUCAAAGGGGGGACAAGAUUGCCAGCACGCGCAAUGUGUAUCUCAAGGAUCUCUUGGCAGCCUGUGGUGUUGGAGAGGGUCCUAAGGGCCAGAAAUGCAGAAGUGGAGAAAUCACACUCACUGCAGAGGCUGAUGAGGAGGGCAAACGACUCUGCAAUGGAGAUAUAUUUUUCAUAACAGGGGAUGCAGAAAUUGAUAAGCAGCGCUUGCUGACCAUCAGCAGCACGUAUGGCUCCACUUUCACUGUGAACUACAAGGCAUUGAGGAAGCUGUGUCACAUAAAGCAUGCCUGGGCCAGAACUAUUCACACAUUCCAGGGCUCUGAGGAAAGGACCGUUGUGUACGUGGUUGGCAAUGCUGGCCGGCAGCACUGGCAGCACGUGUACACAGCCGUGACCAGGGGACGCUGCCGUGUCUACAUCGUGGCUGAGGAGCUGCACCUCAGGAGAGCAGUAAAGAACAAGGAGAUAACCAGAAAAACACGUUUGCAGAGAUUUUUGAGAGAGGCAAUUGCGGAAACAAACAGCUGUCCCAAACAAAUGUCCUCUCCCCUGAUGAAGUGCUGGCAAAGUCAAGAGCUAGUGACCGAGUCUGUUUCUGUUAGUCAAGGUGCUCCUGACCCACCUGAACUUCAAAGUGACCUCAUGACACAGGAAGGGUCAUCAGUUCUCAGUGAAAAGCAGACAUGCAGUAUGCAGCUAAGUCCAUGUAAAAGACAAAUUCCUACAUCUGAGGAUGCUACAGAAAUUAGCCCUAUUGCAGUAGAAGAAUCCCCACUUGGAUCUUCCCGACUUAAGAAUCUAACUUUGGGACAAAUUCCUAGGAAGCUUUUCAAAAGCUAGCAGUUAGGUAUUAAUUGGUCCUUGUGUGAACUGUUACUGAACUUGUUCAAGAUUUUUGGGACAGAGAAGCUGAAUGUGGAGGUGCCUUUCAAAGGCUUUCUUGGUUUUGCAUGUUCUAUGAAGAACAGCUUGUUUUACACUGAGCCUCUUACAUUUUCAGUGAUCCAUUUUUAGUAGUUUCACUGCCGUAGUGGUCAUCAAAAAUCACAUCAUUCUUCUGUUCUGCUGAAGAAUGAACUUGCAGGUCUUCAAGGAUAUAGAUGUUCCCUUAAAAAUACACAGUGAUGUAUUUUGAUUUACAGACUCCUAGCUGUCCAAAGCAUUUAUCCACCUCCAAGAUUUAUCCAUCUCCAAAUGCUACAGUAUUGAUGAGGUGCUCUUACUGAUGAUGUGCCAAGACUAUAGUUUCCUUGAGUAAAAAAAAAAAAAAAAAAAACAGUUUACCAAGGGGUCUAGGUUUCUCUGACAUGGCAGAUUUGUGGCCAUGAAGCUUUGAUGGAUUAUGGAUUUCAGUCUUGUUACAGGCAUAACAAGAAAUUUGCAAUCAGUGACAUAGAAAACUUUUUCUAUGAUGUAGAACUUGCCAUUGCUGCUUUAGCUAAUUAGUUCUAUGCUGAUUAUGAUCUUGGUUAAGAAAAGCAAAACUUCAAAUCAGAGUUCAAAUAACAUUCCACUUUCAGUUUUCUCAUGUGUACUAUGGGACUUGCUGCAUUGCAGUUUUGGGAUUAAUAAAUUGAAUGUUAAAUCAAACUUCAGACACACAGUACUAAAAUGUGGACAACCUGCUUACCUUUCAAAUUUUUUUCUUUUCACAUAGGGUAGGAAAAAGUAUACCAUAAAUACAAAACUGUUUUUUUUUCUAAAACUGUGGGAAAAAAUAUAAAAUCAAAAAACUCUACCUCGUUUUUAAUGUCUUUAAAUCACUGUUUAUUUCAAUUUAUACAGUUUUUCCAUACAAAUAUUUGCAACAGUUUUAAUUUCAAAAAACAUAACAUAGACGAUAAAUAUCAUGCUAUUAAAGUAUUAAAUUUGUACAAAAAUACUUUACAGUUUAAUACUUAUUUGUUACAAAUAAAAAUACAUAUUUAAGUGACUCAUGAACCUUGGAGAUUUUGUUUUUUCUAACAUGAUUCAGUCUUGAAUGUCAUUCUGACCUUUUCUGGCAGUGCUGAAAUAGAAAUCAGAGAUACUUGUGUGUGCAGGGCAGGUGAGCUUGUUUAUGUAUUGGAAACAGCAACAGGGAUACAUUAAACAGUUUAAAUUGACCAGAAACAACUCUGUAAGGUGAUUGCUUAGAUAUGGAGACUCUACAAAUGUACAAAUCCAGUAUCUUUAUAUUCACCAAUAACAAUAAUUACCAAUAACAACUUGAAUACCAGAAUAAACCAAUGCAGCUGCUGGUGCGCAUAUAAAGCAACUGGCAGUAUUUUAUUGCUUGGGGGAAGAGGAGAGAGGAGACAAUUUGUGUGAUGUGUUUGUAAAAUAUAUUUACAAUUUUAAAUUCUAAAAAUGUGUUGCAGGGGGUAAUGUUUAUCAUAAAGAAGGCUGAAAACAAAGCAUUAAAUAGGACCUUUCUUCCUUCAAGAAAUUGAUUGACUUAAAAAGCUCGUGUGAAGAUACAAGUUUACUCGUUUAUGGAUCAUUAGAGAGCUUUUGUAUCAAUCUCCACUGACAUACUUUUAAAAAAGACAUUUUCUUUUAAAAAAAAACCCUUCUAAUUUUUCUGAACUUGUUUCAUUCUUUUCAGUAAUCCCCUGUCAGAGGUUUUAUCCCACUAAAAAAGUCUCUGCUUAAAAUCCUCACAGGUUGCAAGACAUACUAUUAAAUAUUUCAUUGCAUAGGGAAUAACAUAUGUUCUAACAAAGUUUGCUGCAGAGGGGAGUAAUGUUCAAUGCAAACUGCAGCUUCCUGCAAGCAUUUUGUUAUAACAUCUAACCCCUGCUUUGUCUUAAUGAGUGCACCCUUCUCGCCAGCGAAUAAAGGUUUCCAAAAUCGGAGUUGUUGUCAU